UCAAUUCUAUUCUUCUUCUAAUUCUCAAUUCCUCCUACCUUUCCCACUAUGGGUUCUUGCAUUAGUAAAUGCAACCCCCAAAAAGAUUUCCAAGAAGAAGAUAAUCACCUUGAUAACCAUGAAUGUGUUAGAGAUAAGCUUGUGAUUUCACAAGCUCCCAUAUCUCCAAAAAUUUCUCUUCCUUCUUCUUCUUCAACUAUUCAAAAACGUGUCUCUUCUUCUCCUUCUUCAUCAUCUUCUUCAGUAUCUCUUUCUUCGUUUUCCUCUAUUGUGACUAACACAACAUUAUCUUCAUCUUUGUCGUCGUCAUCUUCCUCCUCUUCAUCCUCUUGUUUCAAGGAUCGUUCUUUCUCGAACGACUUCUUAUUAUCUUGUGCCCAAGAACACGACCAUAUACUUGACAUCAAGAAAAUAAAUAAAGGAACUACUUGUGUUACUCAAAGUAUGUCAUCAACCAUGUUGCGAUCAUCAUCAUCAUCAUCCUCUUUAUCGAAACCACCUAGUCCUCGAAGGGAGUGCAAUUCGACAACCCCUAAGAAAAGGCCACGUGCCAAUUCGCCAACAAUAGUUCGACAAAAGAGUUUUAGAAAAGAACCUGAUCAACAACUCAAGGGAGGAAAUAUUGGUAACAAUACUCUAAAUGCUACUUCUACAUAUCAUCAUUUUCCUAAUAGAACAACCCUUAAGUCACCAUCUCCAAGUCGAAGAUUUCCCUCAAAUUUGAACGGUGACAGCUCGUUUAGAAGAUCGGUUGUUUCCAAAGGGAAUAAUGGGAAUAUUUUAUCAAGAUCCUCGUCUUUGAGAAGAGAGAACCAUAUCAAUAAUAAUCAGCCAGCAAUUACUCCAAAACGUGAAGGAAAAAUGAGAAAUGCACUUCAGGUUUCUCCAAAGAUCGAUGAAAUGGAAAUUGGAGAAGUGAAAUCAAGUCACGAUUUGGACUCCUUUCUCAUGGAGGACAUUAACAAUCCUCUUAUUGCCUUGGAUUGUUUUAUUUUUCUCUAGAGCGAGAUCUCUUUGUACAAAAAAAAAUCACUUUUUUGUUUAAGUUUUUUUUCUUUUCUUUUCUUUCAUUGGGUCUCAAGAGGAGUUGAACCUAAAAUUUAACUAAGUCAAGAAUUAUAAUGGUGAAAGUAUGGGACUUUCUACCAUGUUAAGACUUGUCUUGUUGGAACGACAAGCAUGUUGAUAAUGUGUGAUUUAUUUCAUGUUUACAUUUUUUUUUAAAAUUUCACUCUUUUUUAUUAUAAUUACUGUAUAUUCCUUCAAAACUAUCAAUUCGAUAGGAGAUAAAAGGAAAGAUUUGUGGUGUUUGUUUGAAUUCUUUGAU